CAAAGCAAAUGAGAUAAGAGUAAGAGACUCCACUUGUUCUCUUUUCUCUCUCUCUCUCUCUCUCCUGUUUCCGUGAUAUAGAGAGUGUUUGUACAGGUGGGCGAACUCUGGAGAGCCUCAACGAUAUCUUUUACCUCUAAAUAUUUUCAUUUUAUUCUUCAAAUUUUCUUCUGCCUCCCCUUUCGGCCGACUGCAACAACAAGAACAACAAGAACAACAAGAACAAGAUCGUCCAAUUUCACAGACGUUGGAUUAGAUUAGAUCUACGGUUGUGUUUAGAGCAAGAAGAGUGGUCCGGCCAUCUGGGUUUUGAUUUGCUUUUGUUUUUUUUUUUAUGAAAUAUGGAGAAAAGCUGCCAAUCUUCUGUGACGGGAGAUUCCUCCGCCGCUAAUAAUGGCGGCAGUGCGGCCGCCACAGGCAGGGACCAAUAUCUCAGGCACCUCGAUAAGCUUUCCCACAAAAUCUCCAAGCCUAGUUUCGUUAAGAAGCCCGGGGGGUUUGAUUCUUCUAUCCAUUCCAAUCCUAAUUUUACUCAGAAUCAGAGUCUCUCUCAACCGCCGCCGCCGGAAUUGGCGGUGCAGGCUCAAACCCAACACCCACCGCAGCACAAUCAGCCGCCGGUUUACAAUAUCAACAAGAAUGAUUUCCGAGAUGUGGUUCAGAAGCUCACCGGAUCGCCGGCGCAUGAGCGGUUCUCGAAUCCACCGCCGAUUCAUCCACCGAAGCCUCAGAGCUCUCGCCUGCAGCGAAUCCGACCACCUCCACUUGCAAACGUCAGUAAUCGUCCUCCUCCGAUGAUAAACAGCGCCGUUCCUAUCCCACAGUCGCAACAACCACCACCACAUGGCCUGAACCCUAGAAAUUUCAUUUCAUCGGCUAACAAUUUCGGCCCCAUUGGACGGCCCAUUGCACCGCUUUCGCCUCUGCCACCGCUUCCAGCCGUCCACGCGCCAGCUGAAUCUCCGGUUUCAGCUUAUAUGAGAUAUCUUCACAACUCAUUUUCAACUCUGGAUUCUAAUCAGAAACAUUUCUCGGGAUUUUCACCUCUAGCUCCUCUUGUUUCGCCUGGUUGGAACAAUUUGACCGCACAGCAACAGGUUCCACCGCCGGCCAUGGCGGAAGGGGCCACUCCUCCUCCUCCUCCACCUUCGACGGCUGCAAUGGCUUCAGAACCUCAAUUCUCGAUGCCCUCUUCGCCUCUUCCAUUCGGAUGCAUGAAUUCACCAAGAUCAGCAUACCCUUUGCUGUCGCCGAGCUUGCUGUUUUCGCCGGGGCCGUUGGGGUAUCCGCAGCUCCCAUUGUCGCCCACUGUGCCAGUGCCCAGCCCCAGAUGCAGAGGCCUCUGAGUUUUCUUUCAGCAUAUGGUAAGUUUGAAAAGAGAAAUUGGUUAAUCUUUGUAGUUCCUCACAGCUCUCAGGUUCUUUGUUUUCACUAUUAGAUUAUUUGGUAUACAUGUUAAGAUGAAGGGUAAUUUGGAUGAUGAUGAGUUUGUGAAUUGGGAAUGAGUUUCAGUUUCACUACUGGUUCAGAAACUGGAGUUGGAUCUGUAAAUCUCCUGGAACACCUUUUUUGUUUUGUUUUUGGUUUUGGUUCUUUGUGUUUUGAGGGUUUAGGGUUACAUUUACAGCAUUCAAAUGCUAUAAGAUUACAUGUAAGAGACACUUUUUUAGCCUAAGCUUUGUUCAUCUGCCUUACAA